AUGUGGCUACCGUUGCUUGUAAAGAGUGUAUUAGUGAUGAUACCCGCCAUGAUCCAUUUUGUCCUGACAGGGAACUCAUUCAUCACUCCCGAGCUAUCUAAUAGAUUUGUCGGCAACUUUCUAACCGCUCCUCGGCGAGCUUCAGGCGAUCUCGAUGGAAGGCGGCUCCUGAUAAAUGCCUCACGUUUUAUAUUCGAAUUGAUACUAUUGCAGGAGGAUAAAGAUCUGGUGCAUGAAUUCGUGCAAAAUGAAGGACUUUCCACUCUCAUCAAAGUAGGCACAGAUGCAGAUCAAAAUUAUCAAAACUACAUCCUACGAGCUUUGGGCCAGGUGAUGCUGUACGUGGACGGCAUGAACGGUGUCAUCAACCAUCCAGGUACUGUUCAAUGGCUCUACGAUCUUGUGUCUUCCAAGUUCCGAUUGGUUGUCAAAACCGCCCUCAAGCUCUUGUUGGUCUUCGUGGAGUAUGCAGAUACCAACUGUGUGCUUUUAGUAAAAGCCAUACGAGGAGUAGACUACGUUCGUACAUCAAAACCUUGGAGUAAUGUUAUGAAGUUGAUAAAAGAAUGUGAUGUUGCGGAUACUGAGCUUCUGAUCUAUGCCAUGACUCUAAUAAACAAAACUCUCAAUGGCAUCCCUGAUCAGGACAUGUACUAUGACCAAGUUGAUGCGAUAGAGGAACAAGGGCUAGAAACCAUCAUUCGAAAGUAUAUGGCAAAGCAGGGGGCAGAUUUAGACUUAUUGAGACAAUUUCAGAUUUAUGAGGCAGUAUUGAGGCACGAGGAUGGAGAUGAGAAAGGAACACCUCUUCGACAGCUUGAUGAAUCCAUAAGAAAAGCAGUGAAGAACCGUAAAAGCUUAACAGGCAGCCUCGACAUGGAGAGGCGGAAGUCGAGACGAUACUCAACUGGUAACACCCCCCUGACGCUUACCCUCACUCCUACCAGGCUAAUUGUCUCUCAAGACACUCAAAGUGAUGAUACCCUCAAUAUCAACGGGGAGAACGGGGUAGGUGUUACUCCUGGAUUGAGAAGGAGGAGAGAGAGGGCUGAAAGGCAGAAGAGCUUCAUCAGGGAACAGCGAGAGGCAACACUAAGGGCACAACAAAGCAGCUCCGAAGCCUCAAGUGAAGAAGCUAAUUCUAGGCCGUCCCGGAUACACCAUCGUCAAUCCCUUCCUGUCCAACCGCCUCCACCACCUCCAGGAAUUGAAAACGGCGACAGAAGAAUUGAAGGGGAAGACGAAGAAAAAUGUAGAGAUGGUCUGGUGAGGGAUCUUUCCCAGAAAUUAGCAAAUAAUCUUCACAGCCCUGGAGACGAAUCCAAAUAUCCCUUCUCUGAUAUGAAAGGAAUCAUUUCUAAAGCCAAAGAAGAGCUUGCCAAGUCCCAAUCAAGAGGAGAUGCACUGAAGAGUCCAACGACAGAAAUGCCUCGACCAGAAAUCAAGAAAACUGAAACCGAGUUGCACUGGGAGGAGAUGGCCCGAUCUUGCACCCGCCUUUUAAAACUGUGCGAUUUAGACUUCACAGAUCUCGGAAGUGAUGAAGAGCGUGAUGUUCUAGCGCCAGCAGGUGUAGCGGGGGGUAUUCCUCCCCCACCUCCACCUGUGGCCCCUCCCCCUGUCGGUCCACCUCCUCCCAUUGAACAGAACAAUACAAGCACACUACCUCAAAACAAGAAAACAAAGAAGACUGUGAAAUUAUUUUGGAAGGAAGUACGAGAUGACCCAAUCGUCAUGACCAAAAUGAGCCCUGGCCAACUCCUCUGGGAUGAGCUCUUGCCUGUAGUCAUAGAUACCCAAAAAUUAGAACACCUAUUUGAAUCUCGUGCAAAAGACCUAAUCACAAAGAAACAACAGGAGAUGAAUAAAAACAAGGAAAUAAUAGUUUUGGAUCACAAAAGAUCGAAUGCCAUAAAUAUAGGAAUGACCAAGCUACCUCCACCAAGAUCAAUCAAAACAGCAAUCCUCAAAAUGGAUGCAACCGUUAUGAAUAGAGAAGGGAUUGAAAAACUCCUAACCAUGUUACCUACAGAAGAAGAAAGAUCAAAAAUUCAAGAAGCUCAAGCAGCGAAUCCUGAUCUUCCUCUAGGAAGUGCUGAGCAAUUUCUUUUGACUCUAGCAUCUAUUUCAGAGCUUCCAGCAAGGCUCAAGUUAUGGGCUUUCAAACUGGAUUACGAAAAUAGUGAAAAGGAAAUAGCAGAAAGGUUAAUGGAUUUAAAACAAGGUAUGGAAACACUCAAAGUAAAAGGAUUUCAAAUUGAAUAUCUUGCCAAAGUUCCCGAAGUCAAAGAUACAGUACACAAACAUACUCUUCUACAUCACUUAUGCCAUAUGGUAAUGGAAAAGUUUCCAGAUGCCACAGAUUUAUAUUCAGAGAUUGGAGCAGUUACCAGAGCAUCAAAAGUAGAUUUUGAAGAAUUGUCAAGUAAUAUCCAGAAAAUGGAACAAGAAUGUAAAGCCUCUUUUGAUCACCUUAAAGUAAUAUCAAAACAUGAUGGAGCAUCUAAUAUGAAACUAAAAAUGUCUGACUUCUUGGCAGAUAGUGCUGAAAGGAUAAUUGUUCUCGGUAAGGUUCAUCGAAGGGUGCUUCAUAGGUUUCAUAAAUUCUGCCUCUGGUUAGGAAUACCUCUCCAUAGAGCAGCCCUCACAAAGCCAAAUGAACUUUGUCGAAUAAUUUCUGAGUUUGCUCUUGAAUACCGCACCACUAGAGAGAGAGUUAUUCAGCAGCUGGAAAAGAAAGCCAACCAUCGGGAGAGAAAUAAGACAAGAGGAAAAAUGAUUACUGAGGUUGGCAAAUUCCGAAGUCAGGAAGACAGGGCAGAUGCUGAACUGAAAGAGCUCCUUGAUAAAAGCAACCAAGAUAGGGAUAAAACAAUUCAUGGCUCAUUACCCUGGCGGAGAACAAGGAAAAUUCCAGUUGGCCAUAUUUCAAGCCCAACAGAUCUGAGUGGACGAACGAACGGAAAUCUUAGUGAUGCCGACGAUGAAAUCCUCGAAAGUCUUGUGAAGACUGCAACUAAGACACCUGUCUCAAGGUCCACUACUCCCAGGGAAAGGAAACGGACGAGAAAUGCUGAUCGUAAGUCGUUGCGACGGACUCUUAGGAAUGGUCUUUCAGAAGAAGACAGAAAACAUCUUGCAGCUUAUAUCAAAGGAUAUUGACUAAAAGGAACAUUAGACUGUAUAUACAAUUAGUUUAUUUUAUAUAAAAUUUAAGAAUAUUCCUUUCCUUUCUAAAAAUUAUCAAAAUUUAUAGUUCCUAGUCUUCAUGGACAAUUCUCUCUUAAACGAUAGAGUGAGAAUAGCUUGAAGAGCGGAGGAGUACAUGAAAGGAGAAAUGUGCUCAUAAAUGGGCUGUCGAUUAGUUUAUCUAUUAUGUAUUUUUUUGUGAUAAAGAAUUAUUAUGUUUUUAUUGUGUAAAUAUAACUGAUUUCUUUUAAUUUUAAGCUUAUAAUGAAAAUGUUGAUAGCUGAGAUUGUAUUUAUUGUUGUUGACAUUUCUGUUUCUCUUCUGUAAUUUUUAAUACGAACUGUGAAAAUUUCAUUGUUUUGUAAAUAUAAUUCUUUCUUUUCAUUUAAAAAAAAAAGAUUAAAAAAUAUGCUUGACCAUUAUAAAGUUGACCUGCAUGCGUAAAUUUUCAUUUUAAUAAUCCUGUUAAAAAGUUAUUAGAAUUAUUGCAUUCCAAAAACAAUGCUUUUUAGCAAAAGAAACUCUAUCUACAUGAGCUCUUUAUCUGACAAAAUAUUGUUUUUCUCUUAAUUUAUGUGUUUUCUUAUAUUAUGUUCUUGUUCUUUAAAUAGAAAUUAUUUCUUAUAAAAAGUAAAUUGAGUUGAUUUUUAUUUUUUAUAGCUUUGCUACGCAUUUCUAGUGUCAUUUUAAUCGUGAUGACGUGUAUAACUAGUCGUGUAUUGCAGGUUUUAUUAAUUUAUGAUGCGUCAAAUUUUUCAUCCGUUGUUUUCAUUUUAGAGGCUGAGGAUAAAGAAUAAUUAAGUUGUUUUAAGAAUGGAUUUAGAAGUUGUAUAGUCUUUCAAUAUAUAUAAUUUAAAUAUUCAUGUU